AUGGUUGUAACUAAGAACCACAUUCUUUACGAUCAAGUUCAAGACUUGCAAGACCUUUUUUAUGAUAACCAUUUUAUAAUAGCUUCUUCAUUGAACAGUUUGACAGUUGUUACCUCCCUCCUCGAGAAAUAUGGGAUUGACCCAAAACAAAUUGGUCGGCUGGAAGUAGGCAGCGAGAUUGUGAUAGACAAAAGCAAAUCCAUUAAGACUUUCCUGAUGCAAAUUUUCGAGGAAUGUGGAAAUAAUGACAUCGAAGGUGUUGAUUCAAGUAAUGCAUGCUAUGGGGGAACUGCAGCUUUAUUCAACUGUGUCAACUGGGUGGAGAGUAGUUCAUGGGAUGGACGCUAUGGACUUGUUGUUUGCACAGACAGUGCGGUUUAUGCAGAAGGACCAACUAGGCCUACUGGAGGAGCAGCUGCUAUUGCUAUGCUAGAAGGGCCUGAUGCUCCUAUUGCAUUUGAAAGCAAAUUGAGGGGAAGUCAUAUGUCACAUGCAUAUGAUUUUUACAAGCCUAAUCUUGCUAGUGAAUAUCCGGUAAUACUUCCUGCUCCCUCUUUUCCUUUUGUGUUGUUGUCAAUUGUCUUGCAUUGCCAACAUAUGGAAGCAUUUUCCUCUCUUCUAACUUGGAUUUUGGUGGUUAUUUAUACCAUGCAAAUGCAUCAUCUUCUUGCUUUCUAUAGAUAUGAGAAAUUGGAGGGCAAGCAAUUUUCCAUUGCUGAUGCUGACUACUUCGUAUUUCACUCUCCAUAUAAUAAGCUUGUACAGAAAAGUUUUGCUCGAUUAGUGUUCAAUGAUGUUGUGAGAAAUGCCAGGUUCUAAUCGUUUCUUUAUUUG